AUGGAUCAAGAAAACGAAAGAAAUAUUCGUAGAUUAUGGAGAACAUUCAAAACCGUCAAAGAGAUGGUUAAAGAUAGAGGUUAUUUCGUCAAUGAUGAAGAAAUUGAUCUAUCACUAGAAGAUUUCAAAGCUAAAUAUUCUGACUCCAUGGGAAGACCACAACGUAAGAUGAUGUCCUUCCAAGCCAAUCCAAAUGAUGAAUUCUUGGCUAAAUUUCCAGAUUUAGGCUCACUGUGGGUUGAAUUUUGCGAUGAACCAUCUGUUGGUGUCAAAACAAUGAAAAACUUCGUUGUACAUAUUCAAGAAAAGAAUUACAGCACCGGUAUUUUCAUCUAUCAAAAUAAUGUUACUCCAAGUGCUAUGAAAUUAGUUCCAUCAAUACCUCCAGCAACUAUUGAAACUUUCCAAGAAGCUUCCUUAGUAGUCAACAUCACUCAUCAUGAACUAGUGCCAAAGCACAUCAGAUUGAGUCUGGAAGAAAAGAAAGAAUUAUUAAAGAGAUAUAGAUUAAAAGAAUCACAGUUACCAAGAAUCCAAAGAGUCGAUCCAGUUGCAUUAUAUUUAGGUUUAAAGAGAGGUGAAGUCGUUAAAAUUAUUAGAAAGAGUGAAACCGCCGGGCGUUAUGCAAGUUACAGAAUUUGUAUGUAG